UGCAACAACACGCUCACCGAGGUCGGCAGCACAAAGCAGAGUCGCUCUCUUACCAGCUCUCUCUCUUUCUCUCACACACACACAUACCACACCGCCACACACACACACACACACGUGCUGAGACACUCGACACACACCUCUUCAGUGACGGCUGUGGAGCAAAAGUGACUAGAGGAAGGAAGGAAGGUGAAGAUAAGACAAGAAGAAGAAGAAGAAGAAGAAGAAGAAGAAGAAGAAGAGGAGGAGGGCUGAUAGAUUUGGGGAAAAUAUAAUUCAGGUCGUCUAAUUCAAGAGCUUCCUCCUGAGGCCCCCUGCUGACUGAUAACAAGCACGACUCUGUACAAGUCCAAGAGCUUCAUGAGUGUGUGCACAUAACCUCCACUCCACCUCUGUGUGUGUGUGUGUGUGUGUGUGUGUGUGUGUGUGUGUGUGUGUGUGUGUGUGGCACCAUGCUGUGGACAGUGCUACUAGCACUGCUGGUGCUUCUGCUGCUGCAGACUCAGCUGUCUGUGUGCUUAAGGGAAUUACGCAGCGGGGGCUCCAGCUCCUCUUCUGACUCCUCUUCAUCCUCCUCCUCCUCCUCCACAUACAAUGCCACCCAGCAGAGGCUGCCCGGAGCUAUUAUCAUUGGGGUGCGGAAAGGCGGCACCAGAGCCCUGCUGGAGAUGCUCAACUUGCACCCAGAUGUGGAAGUGGCGAAGGCAGAGGUGCACUACUUCAACGUGGAGGAGCACUUCCGCCGGGGCCUGGCCUGGUACCGAGCCCAGAUGCCCUUCACCUUACCCGGACAGCUGACGGUGGAGAAGACCCCAGGCUACUUUGCUGCCCCUCAGGUUCCAGUGCGCAUCUGGGACAUGAACCCCGCCGUCCGUUUGUUGCUCAUCGUCCGGGACCCGGCUGAGAGGCUGGUCUCUGACUACACCCAAGUCCUUCAUAAUCGCCUGACUCGCCACAAGCCCUACCAGCCGCUGGAGGAACUCCUGAUCCACAAGGGCCACAUCGACCCUGGGUACAAGGCGCUGCAGAGGAGUCUGUACCACCAGCAUCUGGCCCGCUGGCUAGAGGUCUUCCCCAGGGAGCAGAUCCACGUGGUGGACGGCGACGCCCUCAUUCGGGAUCCCUUCCCAGAGCUGAGAAAGGCUGAGAGGUUUCUGGACCUGCCGCCCAGGAUAAGCCCCAACAACUUCUACUACAACACCACAAAGGGCUUCUACUGUCUCCUGUCUGCCGGGCACGACAAGUGCCUGGACGAGUCUAAAGGCAGGCCGCAUGCGCCGUUGAGCACCCAGGCCUUUAAGAAGCUGUGUCGCUACUUCAGGAAGCCCAACAAGUUGUUCUUCGAAAUGGUUGGGAGGUCGUUUUCCUGGUGCUGAUCCAGAGGCAAACUGUGGAGAUGAAACACCUCCUGAACAAUGCCAACACAUUCAGGGACACAGAGGGAGAGCGAAAAAAAAAAACAACUGUUGUUUGUGUGUGUUUGUAGGUAGAUGAGUGGACAGAUUUUAGUUUUAAGUAAAGUCAUAACAUCUCUUGUAGUUGAUACCUACUCAGGUAUACAUGUGGCCAACCAGAGCAGCACGUAUGUGUGUGAAGGCCUGGGGAAUUCAAAGUGCUUGUGUUGAACAUGUGGCCGACACAAACCUCUACCAAGACCAUACCGGUGCCUCCAUGGAAGCUACGACAACUGUGCCAUACACAAGUCUAAAACUGAACACACAGCUCGCCACUCGUCUGUGCUUGCUUGCGGGGUGUGAAAAGAAGAUGUGAAGAAGAAGAAGAAGAAGAAGAAGAAGAAGAAGAAGAAGAAGAAGAAGAAGAAGAAGAAGAAGAAGAAGAAGAAGAAGAGAUGGUUGAGUCGGCUCAUUGUUGCACUAUGAACUCCAAUUGCAUAAAAAGGUCAAUCGAGGUUUCAUGUAGACAACUUCGGACAGAAACCAACUUCUUGCUUUGAUUUUUCCUUUUUUUUAAUCAACGGUUGUAACAAGUUUGUGUGUUAGCAAAAAGUGUUUUAGUUGAAGCAUCGUGUUUGCUUCAUUCUUUGUUAUUUUACUUGAUGUUCAGUGAAAAUUUUUUUUAGCUGUUUUGAAAGUAGCCACAUUGAAUACUGGUUUCUGAUUUUCUUUUUAGUUUAUUGUUAGUUUGUGUUGGUUUUUUUUUAAAGACUUUUAAUAAAUGUGUUCAGUCCUAGA